AAAGAGCCUGUUGUUACGAGCCGGUCCAGGUUGGGUCAUGGCGGCACCCAGGCCUCAAGCUGGUGUGUGGAGCCGAGAUGUUGAGUUUUCUGUCCGCUCGACAGUCGGGUUUGGAGGACCCUCUUCGCUUGCGGAGAGCGCAGUCCACACGGAGGGUCCUGGCACUGGAACUAAACAAAGACAGAGAUGUUGAAAGAAUCCAUUGCAGUGGAGUUAACAGUCUUGACAUUGAGCCUGUUGAAGGAAGAUACAUGUUAUCGGGUGGUUCAGAUGGUGUGAUUGUACUCUAUGACCUUGAGAACUCCAGCAGACAACCCUAUUACACAUGUAAAGCAGUGUGUUCCAUUGGCAGAAGCCAUCCCGAUGUCCACAAAUACAGCGUGGAGACUGUUCAGUGGUACCCUCAUGACACAGGCAUGUUCACAUCCAGCUCAUUCGAUAAAACUCUGAAAGUGUGGGAUACAAAUACAUUGCAGGCUGCCGAUGUGUUUAAUUUUGAAGAAACAGUUUAUAGUCAUCACAUGUCUCCAGUGGCCACCAAGCACUGUCUGGUAGCAGUUGGUACUAGAGGACCCAAGGUACAACUUUGUGAUUUAAAGUCUGGAUCCUGUUCUCACAUUCUCCAGGGUCAUAGACAGGAAAUACUGGCAGUUUCUUGGUCACCACGCUAUGACUAUAUCUUGGCAACAGCCAGUGCUGACAGUAGAGUGAAAUUAUGGGAUGUGAGAAGAGCAUCAGGAUGUUUGCUCACUCUUGAUCAGCAUAAUGGGAAGAAGUCACAGGCUGUUGAAUCAGCAAAUACUGCUCACAAUGGGAAAGUUAAUGGCUUAUGUUUUACAAGUGAUGGACUUCACCUGCUCACUGUUGGCACAGACAACCGAAUGAGGCUCUGGAAUAGCUCCAAUGGGGAAAACACACUGGUGAACUAUGGGAAAGUUUGUAAUGACAGUAGGAAAGGACUGAAAUUCACAGUCUCCUGUGGCUGCAGCUCAGAAUUUGUUUUUGUUCCAUACGGUAGCACCAUCGCUGUUUAUGCAGUUCACUCAGGAGAGCAGCUCACUAUGCUCAAGGGGCACUAUAAAAGUGUCGACUGCUGUGUGUUUCAGUCUAAUUUCCAGGAACUUUAUAGUGGUAGCAGGGAUUGCAAUAUUCUUGCUUGGGUACCAUCUUUGUAUGAACCAAUUCCUGAUGAUGAUGAUGAGGCUACAACUAAAUCCCAGUUGAAUCCAGCAUUUGAGGAUGCCUGGAGCAGCAGUGAUGAGGAAGGGUGACUGUCAGCCAGCCUUUGCUCCUUGUCCAUCGGACUAGUACAUCAGCAGUGUUGGGGUGGGAUUGGGCUUAUGACUGUUCUUCUGGUUGUUGUUGUUGUUUUUGAGACAAAGUCUCACUGUGUAGCCCUGGCUAACCUGAAACCAGCCUCAAACUCUCUGUCUAGCCCAGACUAGGCUCAAACUUGCAGCCAUUCUCCUGCCUCUGCUUCCCAAGUGUUGGGAUUUGAGGUGUGUACCACAUUGCCUCUCGUGUGUGUGUGUGUGUGUGUGUGUGUGUGUGUGUG